AUGGGCAUUCAUGCUUCUAAGAGAUGCAAAGGGUUCAACUUUUGUCUUUAGUAGCGAAAAAUUAGCAAUAAUUGUUAUAAUGUGCGCAAUGGAAAAAAUGCUAGUGCCUCUCUCAGAAUACGGUGCAUAAAAGAAGAAAACCAGAUAUGUCGCAGAAGACCAUCUACAUUUUAGCAAUUGUUAUGGCAGUAGUACAUGAAGCUAAAGGAUACGGAAGAAUUGAUUUUAGGAGACGUCCUAGAUUGAUGGGAGACAAAAUAUCAUUAACUUCUUUAGACCCAAGACGGAUGAGAGUUCAGCAGAAGAUAGUCAUUUACCAUAAUGCAUUCAGGUCGAAAGUUAGGCCAACAGCUGCAAAUAUGCUGAAGAUGAAAUGGCACACAGGGGCAGCGCGGACUGCCCAAAGAUGGGCAGAUCAAUGCUUGGUGUUAGAGCACGACAACGAAACUGGAAGAUAUGAUCCAAACUAUGGAGCAUGUGGUCAGAACAUCUUCAUUUCAUCCCACAAGGUACCAUGGUUAUUUGCUAUAGAAACUUGGUGGUUGGAGAAAAACAUAUUCAGGUACGGUGGAAGAAAUGAGCUUCACGAAAUCGGUCAUUAUACUCAAAUGGUGUGGGCUUCAACUCAUGAAGUUGGUUGUGGAAUCGCGAAAUGCAAUCAUGAACCUAGCAGCAGAUUCAGCCCAAAGGUUUUCUACAACUAUGUCUGCAAUUACUGUCCAAUUGGUAACCACGCAAGGAGACUGAGUAUCCCAUACAAGAUAGGCGAGCCGUGCAGCCUAUGCAAGCAACAUUGUAAAAGGAACUUGUGUUUGAACUCAUGCCCAUACGCAGAUUAUUGGGUGAAUUGUGGCCAGCUUCAUCGAGCUUUUCCAAACUGGGUCUGCAACACCAGUACUCCUCAGGGCAGAGACAGGUUUAGGAAAUGUAGAGCUACGUGUGUUUGCAGACAUAAAAUUAAGUGAUAUGGUCUAAGUAUACAAAUACUCAAUACAGGAUGAAUCAAAAAACCUAUUUCUAGAGUUGAAAGCUCCUAUAAACAUAUCUUAGACCCCAAAAUGUCGCAUUACUUAGAUACAGAGCGUUAUAAAAUUUACGACACUGCCACUCAUGAGACUGAAUAUUGUUAAAAUAGCGAUGUGGUGGGGUGUCCCUACAUGCAAUUUUUAAUAUCAAACUUUAUCAAAAUGUGCUCCAAUUUCCAGUUACAUAAUUUGCAAAAAGCGGCACAAGCCUAAUCAAGGCAGAUAUAUCCACCAUAAAAUGCUGUCACUUUGGUAGAAAACUGAGUCAAAGUAUGAAAUGCGAAAGAAUUUCGCGGCCAUCAUCCAAUCAUAUUUGGUUGGUUUUUGGGUAGUUAGGCAGUAGUAACAUAUUUUUACUUGACGUUUCGCCAACACGAGUGGUUGGCAUCUUCAGAAGAUGUUCGCAGGUUGGAGUCCGCGAGCUACUGACAUCUGCGCGGUCUUAGCUCAUAUUUAUAUGUGGCUCGGGUGGCGGGGAUAGCUCUUCGGGAAUCCUCGGCUGGUGUCGCGCUCGGGAUAACUCGGCUGUUGUUGUGUUAUUUAGGUGACUCAACUUAAUUUUCGUUAAUUUUAAUACUGGUAGCCAGGUUUUGAGUACUUUUAGUGAUUCCUCUGUUUUGUUAAAGUUGUCCGUGUGUUUGUGUAUCUCUAGAGCCUCCCUGGAUAAUCUAGCAUGGUAUGCUGGUUUGUUAGCAAUCACCUAGGCUUCUUCAAAUUAAAUACCGUGGUCAGUUUUGGUGAGUGUGUGUUCGGCUAUAGCAGAUUUUUCAUUUUGACCCAGACGGCAGUUCACUUUGUAUUCUUUAAUUCUGGUAUUCACCGACCGUUUUGUUGUUCCGAUGUACACACUUCCACAAGUACAAAGUAUGCGAUAGACCCUCGAAGACGACAGGGGGUCUCUCUUAUCUUUUGCCAAUUUCAGGCUUCCACUUAUUUUUGUCGUUGGCCUGUACAUAUAUUGUUUUGAAGUCCUUCUUGAGAAUCAGACGUCCAAUUCUGUCUGUGACUGGGAAUAUAUGGGAAAAAUGCUUUGGCCACUGGUUGGUUGUUUUCUUUGGCUCUGUCAUUACUCUAUGUCAUAGAUUUUCUAAUUUCCAGCUCCGAGUAUCCAUUGGCCAUUAAGCUGUUCUUUAGAUGUUUAAGUUCUAAAUCCAGUUCUUGGGGUUCCCAGAUUCCCCUGGCUCUCUCUGUUACUAUUUUUAUGAUGCCAUAUUUCUGACAAGGGUGGUGAUUGGAGUUCCUAUGCAGAUACCGAUCUGUGUGCGUUUGUUUUCUACAUAGCGUAUAAGUUUGCUGUUGUCCUCUAGCAUCAUGGUGAAUUUGAUGUUAUGCAUGUUAUUGAUAUCAGUGAGGAAUUCUUUAAGUUUCUCAAGUCCGCGCCUCCAUAUUACAAAAGCGUCAUCGACAUAUCGAAACAAUAUUUUGGGUUUGUAUGGUGCACUGCUGAGAACACGUUGUUCAAGAUCCUGCAUGAAGAAAUUCUCUACCACUGGACUCAAAGGGCUGCUCAUUGCCACACCUUCAGUUUGUUCGUAUAUUGUGUUGUCCCACGUGAAGUAUGUAGUCGUCAGGCACAGUUCGUAUAAAUUGGCAAUGUCCUCAGGAAAAAUGCGGCUAAUCUGUUCCAUUGCAGCAUCAACUGGUACUUUCGUAAAGAGCGAUAAAUACGUCAAAGCUCAUUAGUAUAUCGUUUUCUUCUAGAUGAAUUUCCUUUAUUUUUGAUAUGAAAUGGGCAGAGUUCUUCAUGUACGUGUUGGAUUGCCCAAUUUGUGGUUGAUGGAGGGUAGUGAGGUGCUUGGCUAGGUAAUAUGUUGGUGAGGCUAUAGCAUUAACAAUGGGACGCAACGGAG